CGCAGGCCAGGAGCCCGGAACUCGGACGCGCCGGAGCGUGCGUGCCGCGGGAUUCUGAAGCCGCUGCACCGCGCGCGCCGCUCGGCCGCUCUCCUCCAGCCCCCGGUGCCAUGUAUGCCGUGUACAAGCAGGCGCACCCGCCCACUGGGCUGGAGUUCGCCAUGUACUGCAACUUCUUCAACAACAGCGAGCGCAACCUCGUGGUGGCCGGCACAUCGCAGCUCUACGUGUACCGGCUCAACCGCGACGCCGAGGCGCCAACCCGGAGUGACAGGAGCACAGAGGGCAGGGUACACCGGGAGCACCGGGAGAAGCUGGAGCUGGUGGCCUCGUUCUCCUUCUUCGGGAAUGUCAUGUCCAUGGCCAGUGUGCAGCUGGCUGGGGCUAAGAGAGACGCCCUGCUGCUGAGCUUCAAAGAUGCCAAGCUCUCGGUGGUUGAGUACGACCCGGGCACGCACGACCUUAAGACACUGUCUCUGCACUACUUCGAGGAACCUGAACUGCGGGAUGGGUUUGUGCAGAACGUGCACACGCCGCGGGUUCGAGUGGACCCGGAUGGGCGCUGUGCUGCCAUGCUCAUCUACGGUACACGCCUGGUGGUCCUGCCCUUCCGAAGGGAGAGCCUGGCUGAGGAGCACGAGGGCCUUGUGGGUGAGGGGCAGAGGUCCAGCUUCCUGCCCAGCUACAUCAUCGACGUUCGAGCCCUGGACGAGAAGCUGCUCAACAUCGUGGACCUGCAGUUCCUGCACGGCUACUACGAGCCCACCCUGCUCAUCCUCUUUGAGCCCAACCAGACGUGGCCAGGGCGUGUGGCCGUGAGGCAGGACACGUGCUCCAUCGUGGCCAUUUCCCUGAACAUCACCCAGAAGGUGCACCCAGUCAUCUGGUCCCUAACCAGCCUGCCCUUCGAUUGCACCCAGGCCCUGGCAGUGCCCAAGCCCAUAGGUGGAGUGGUGAUCUUUGCCGUCAACUCCCUGCUGUACCUGAACCAAAGCGUGCCCCCCUACGGAGUGGCGCUCAAUAGCCUCACCUCUGGCACCACCGCCUUCCCCUUGCGCACACAGGAGGGUGUCCGCAUCACUCUGGACUGUGCUCAGGCUGCUUUCAUCUCCUACGACAAGAUGGUCGUUUCCCUCAAGGGUGGCGAGAUCUACGUGCUGACCCUCAUCACAGACGGCAUGCGUAGUGUCCGCGCCUUCCACUUUGACAAGGCGGCCGCCAGCGUCCUCACCACCAGCAUGGUCACCAUGGACCCUGGGUACCUGUUCCUUGGGUCACGCCUCGGCAACUCCUUGCUCCUCAAGUACACGGAGAAACUGCAGGAGCCUCCAGUUGGUGCCACACGCGAUGCAGCAGACAAGGAGGAGCCUCCCUCCAAGAAGAAGCGGGUGGACUCCACAGGCAGCUGGUCAGGAGCCAAGUCACUGCCACAGGAUGAGGUGGACGAGAUUGAAGUCUAUGGCAGUGAGGCCCAGUCGGGCACACAGCUGGCCACUUACUCCUUUGAGGUGUGUGACAGCAUUCUCAAUAUUGGACCCUGUGCCAAUGCUGCCAUGGGCGAGCCUGCCUUCCUUUCUGAAGAGUUCCAGAACAGCCCGGAGCCGGAUCUGGAGAUAGUGGUCUGCUCUGGCUAUGGGAAGAACGGGGCCCUGUCGGUGCUGCAGAAGAGCAUCCGGCCCCAGGUGGUGACGACCUUUGAGCUGCCGGGCUGCUAUGACAUGUGGACGGUCAUCGCUCCUGUGCGGAAGGAGCAGGAUGAGACUCCCAACGCGGAAGGUGCAGAGCAGGAGCCCAGCGCUGCCGAGGCAGAGGAUGACGGGAGAAGACACGGGUUCCUGAUCCUGAGCCGGGAGGAUUCCACCAUGAUUUUGCAGACCGGCCAGGAGAUCAUGGAGCUGGACACCAGUGGCUUUGCCACACAGGGCCCCACGGUCUUUGCCGGAAACAUUGGGGACAACCGCUACAUUGUGCAAGUGUCUCCACUUGGGAUCCGCCUACUGGAAGGAGUGAACCAGCUGCACUUCAUCCCCGUUGAUCUGGGCGCCCCCAUCGUGCAUUGUGCUGUGGCGGACCCCUACGUUGUCAUCAUGAGUGCAGAAGGCCACGUCGCCAUGUUCCUGCUUAAGAGCGACUCCUAUGGGGGCCGCCACCACCGCCUGGCACUGCACAAACCUCCCUUGCACCACCAGUCUAAGGUGAUCACGCUGUGCUUGUACCGUGAUGUCAGCGGCAUGUUCACCACUGAGAGCCGUCUCGGCGGGGCCCGCGAUGAGCUGGGGGGCCGUGUGGGCUCUGAGGUGGAGGGCCAGGGAUCUGAGCCCAGCCCCACAGUGGACGACGAGGAGGAGAUGCUCUAUGGAGAUUCGGGGUCCCUUUUCAGCCCUAGCAAGGAGGAGGCCCGCCGGAGCAGCCAGCCCCCAGCGGACCGAGACCCUGCGCCCUUCCGUGCUGAGCCUACCCACUGGUGCCUGCUAGUGCGGGAGAAUGGUACCAUGGAGAUCUACCAGCUCCCAGACUGGCGGUUGGUGUUCCUCGUCAAGAAUUUCCCGGUGGGCCAGCGAGUUUUGGUGGACAGCUCCUUCGGCCAGCCCACUACACAGGGAGAGGUCCGUAAAGAAGAAGCCACUCGCCAGGGGGAGCUGCCACUUGUCAAGGAGGUGUUGCUGGUGGCUCUGGGCAGCCGGCAGAGCAGGCCCUACCUGCUGGUGCACGUGGACCAGGAGCUGCUCAUCUACGAGGCCUUUGCCCACGACUCUCAGCUCGGCCAGGGCAACCUCAAAGUCCGCUUUAAGAAGGUCCCUCACAACAUCAACUUCCGAGAGAAGAAGCCAAAACCGUCCAAGAAGAAGGCGGAAGGCAGCAGCGCCGAGGAGGGGGCUGGGACCCGGGGCCGUGUGGCCCGCUUCCGCUACUUUGAGGACAUUUAUGGCUACUCGGGGGUGUUCAUCUGUGGCCCCUCGCCCCACUGGCUCCUGGUGACAGGCCGGGGGGCACUGAGGCUGCACCCCAUGGGUAUUGACGGCCCCAUCGACUCCUUUGCACCGUUUCACAAUGUCAACUGUCCCCGCGGUUUCCUGUACUUCAACAGACAGGGAGAGCUGAGGAUCAGCGUCCUGCCUGCCUACCUCUCGUAUGACGCGCCCUGGCCUGUCAGGAAGAUCCCGCUGCGCUGCACGGCCCACUACGUGGCCUACCAUGUGGAGUCCAAGGUGUACGCAGUGGCCACAAGCACCAACACGCCAUGUACCCGCAUCCCACGCAUGACUGGCGAGGAAAAGGAAUUUGAGACCAUUGAGAGAGAUGACCGCUACAUCCAUCCCCAGCAGGAGGCUUUCUCCAUCCAACUCAUCUCCCCAGUCAGCUGGGAGGCCAUCCCCAAUGCCAGGAUUGAGCUGGAGGAGUGGGAGCAUGUCACGUGCAUGAAGACGGUGUCGCUGCGCAGUGAGGAGACUGUGUCGGGCCUCAAGGGCUAUGUGGCCGCAGGGACCUGCCUCAUGCAGGGGGAGGAGGUCACGUGCCGCGGGCGGAUCCUCAUCAUGGAUGUGAUCGAGGUGGUGCCUGAGCCUGGCCAGCCCCUGACCAAGAACAAGUUCAAAGUCCUGUACGAGAAGGAGCAGAAGGGCCCGGUGACUGCCUUGUGCCACUGCAAUGGCCACCUGGUGUCAGCAAUCGGCCAGAAGAUAUUCCUGUGGAGUCUGCGUGCCAGUGAGCUGACGGGCAUGGCUUUCAUUGACACGCAGCUGUACAUCCACCAGAUGAUCAGUGUUAAGAACUUUAUCCUGGCAGCUGAUGUCAUGAAGAGUGUCUCCCUGCUCCGCUACCAGGAGGAGAGCAAGACGCUGAGCCUGGUGUCCAGGGAUGCAAAGCCUCUGGAGGUAUACAGCGUGGACUUCAUGGUGGACAACGCACAGCUGGGCUUCCUGGUGUCAGACCGUGACCGCAACCUCAUGGUGUACAUGUACCUGCCAGAAGCCAAGGAGAGUUUCGGGGGCAUGCGCCUGCUGCGGCGGGCCGACUUCCACGUUGGCGCCCAUGUCAACACCUUCUGGAGGACUCCGUGCCGGGGUGCCGCUGAGGGGCCCAGCAAGAAGUCAGUGGUGUGGGAAAACAAGCACAUCACGUGGUUCGCCACGCUGGACGGCGGCAUUGGCCUCCUGCUGCCCAUGCAAGAGAAGACCUACCGGCGGCUGCUGAUGCUGCAGAAUGCGCUCACUACCAUGCUGCCCCACCACGCUGGCCUCAACCCCCGGGCCUUCCGGAUGCUGCACGUGGACCGGCGCAUCCUCCAGAAUGCCGUGCGCAACGUGCUGGAUGGGGAGCUGCUCAACCGCUACCUGUAUCUAAGCACCAUGGAGCGUGGGGAGCUGGCCAAGAAGAUCGGGACCACGCCCGACAUCAUCCUGGAUGAUCUGCUGGAGACAGACCGCGUCACUGCCCACUUCUAGCCCCAGGACAGUCCCCUCCUUUUUUUGUACAAAACACAGAGAUUUGUUUGGUUUGAGAAGAGCGUGUGGUCAUUGCGGGCUACAGC